CGCGCUAACGAGACGAGCCCUUCCAUGACGUCACUUCCCACGCGCGCGAGAUUAUGCUAACGGCUGCUAACGGCCAACUGACAACCGCAAACUAUCGUUUCACGGACUGUCAGGACCCGGUUAAAGUCACCGCUGCGGCCCACUAAAGGCUCGGUAUCCCCGCUGUAUGUGGCCGCUCCGACAGCCCUUCAGGUGCGGCCGCGGCUCGGCAGAGAGGGCUGGUCCGGUUGUUGACAUCCAUGAAGAGGACGGAUGUGUGUUGUGGACGUCACUUUGUCGCGGAAGUUUCUUUUUCCCUCUCUGGUAUGCGUUUAAAAACCCUUAGUUCACUCUGACUCGGCACUGAGCCGGACUUUAAGGGUGGUUUUUUAUUUUAGGACUCAUUUGCGAUGAAGCUGCAGUGUGAUGUCGAGGUGGUGAAUCGGCUGCUUCCCUCGUUUGGGAUGAAAAGUCGAGGGAAGGGGACGAGAGCCGUGCUGUCCAUCGGGAAACAUUUGGACAAGACGAGUCAAAGGAGCAACAUUUACAUGAUGAUCUGCACAGCCAGAGACAGAGCAGGCUGCAAGUACAAGCUAAAAGACAACAUAGAGAAGUUCUUCACUUGGUUUGUGGAGGAAGGAAAAGCCACUGUGAGACUAAAGGAGCCUGCUGUUGACAUUUGUUUGAGCAAGGCCGAUGCAAACAGCUUAAAGAACUUCCUCUCAGCUGCUCGUCUGGCACACAGAGGAAGUGAAGCGAGCAGCCUUCCUCUCUCCACGCUCACUCCUGUCCGCGCCAGAGACGUGGAGCAGCCCAAGAAGAAGCUCACCAUUGUCUCCAAGAAGGAUUACCCCCUCACCUCCAACUUCCCCUACUCUCUGGAGCAGCUGCAGGUGUCCUACUGCAAACUGUCACGGGUGGACAUGCGGAUGCUGUCGCUCAAAGCGCUCCGCAAGCUAGACCUCAGUAACAACCACAUCAAGAAGCUCCCCGCCACCAUCGGUGACCUCAGCUGCCUCUCUGAACUCAUCCUCCACAACAACCACCUGGAAGCCUUCAGCCAGGCCCUGUGCCUGUCCACCCUGCAGCGGACCCUCCAGCUGCUGGACCUCAGCCAGAACCGCCUGCAGUCCCUCCCCGCUCAGUUCUGCCAGCUCAGAGAACUAGUGAACCUCAAACUGGACGACAAUGAGCUCGUCUGUCUGCCGUUCCACAUCGGCCGUCUCUCAAAGUUGAGGUUCCUGUCGGCGGCGCAUAACCAGCUAGCUGUGUUGCCCAGCGACUUCCGUAAGCUGAGCCUGGAGAACCUGGACCUGUUUGGGAAUCCGUUUGUCCAACCGAACCCCCUUGACCACACAAUGAACCUUACAUUCCCCCUCCCGCUUCAAGAGCUGGCCUCCAGAGCCGUGGCCAACCUCAGGUUACCAUACGGACCUCACCUCAUCCCUGCCCACUUGUGUCGGGACCUCGAAGUAGCCAAGACCUGCGACUGCGGCCGCGUCUGCAUCAAUUUCUACAUCAAGACGGCCGUCAGCAUGAACCUGCACCAAGUCUCUCACACAGUGGUCCUGGUGGACGACAUGGGGGGCACAGACGCUCCGGUGCAGCAGCACUUCUGCUCCCUCUCCUGCUACUCAGAGUUUUUAGACAACUCCCUCCAGAGAGGAAUCAGAUGAGGAGGACUUUGGUUUGACAGGAAACACGCCAACUUCUGGAAAUUGCUGUGGGUUUUGCAAUACAUUGCAAGUUCUAAGACUGUCGGGGGGGAACAGCUUUCUGCCUUUAAAUGAAAGGACAAUAUUGACUCUGAUAAGCUUUUUGAAAAUGCUUCAAUCAGACGGUUUUACACUUCCAUUCAACUUAAAAUGCACUUACCUGCUCCAUCUAUAACUGAGUGGCAUUGACUUUAUCAUAGUGGGAAGCACAAAUGUUAUACAUCCUCCUCCCUGUUCUUGCUGCCUCUUGGAGCACGCUGCAGGCUCCCCUUCUUCUACCAGGCAGGGGAAUAUAAAAAAACUAGAUGAUUAAGAGUUUUUUUCUGAACAGUGCCUCAGGGUCUGUGAGCGCUGGCUAAAUGGAGUUGGCUUUUACUGUUCUAAUGACCCACAGUUUUUAUAUACAUGUGAAAACUUCAAUAAAAGAAAAG